UGCGCAUGCGCCCUUCCUACAGGGCAGGAGGUCGGUCGGCAGUGACAGCAGCGGAACGAGCCGAACCGGUCCCUGAGUUCCCAACAUGGCGGCUUUCAGCAAACAUCUGACAGCGAAGAACUCGAUCCUGGCGGGAGGCGGUUUGCUGCUGCUCUACCUGAUCAGAACCGGAGGAAAGAACCGACCCAAGCACAGUCUCAAAGGAAGCUCCCAGCUGGUAGUGAGCUCAGAGAAAGAUGGAAAGAAGGACAAAGCGGCUGUGGAUAAAGUCUUCUUUUUCCGGAUCCUUCGAAUUCUGCGCAUCAUGGUUCCCCGGUUCUUCUGCAUGGAGACCGCCUACCUCCUCCUCAUUGCCAGCAUGUUGGUGGCCAGGACCUACUGCGAUGUGUGGAUGAUCCAAAACGGUACCAUGAUUGAAAGCGCCAUCAUUGGCCGCUCCACUAAAGAUUUCAAGAUCUUCUUGUUCAGCUUCAUCAAAUUCAUGCCAGUGAUAGCUUUGGUCAACAACUUCCUGAAGCUGGGCCUGAAUGAGCUGAAGCUGCGGUUCCGUGAGAGGCUCACCAAGAAGCUGUACGACCAGUACCUGCAGGGUUUCACAUACUACAAGAUGGGAAACUUGGACAACCGGAUCGCCAACCCAGACCAGUUGUUGACGCAGGAUGUGGAGAAAUUCUGCAACAGCGUGGUGGAUCUUUACUCCAACCUGAGCAAGCCUCUGCUAGAUAUCAUUCUCUACAUCUUCAAGCUGACCAGCGCCAUUGGAGCCCAGGGCCCAGCCAUCAUGAUGUCCUACCUGCUAAUCUCGGGUCUGUUCCUGACCCGCCUCCGGAGGCCCAUUGGAAAGAUGACUGUGACGGAGCAGCGCUAUGAGGGAGAAUACCGCUAUGUGAACUCCCGUCUCAUCACCAACAGCGAGGAGAUUGCCUUCUACAACGGAAACCUGAGGGAAAAGCAGACCAUUCAUGCCACAUUCAAAAAACUGGUGGAUCAUCUGCAUAACUUCAUCUUUUUCCGCUUCUCCAUGGGCUUCGUGGACGGCAUCGUCGCCAAGUACAUAGCAACAGUGGUGGGCUACCUGGUGGUCAGCCGGCCCUUCCUUAACCUGUCCGACCCCCGACAUCUGCACAGCACGCACUCUGACCUGCUGGAGGACUACUACCAGAGCGGCAGGAUGCUGCUGAGGAUGUCUCAGGCCCUGGGGAGGAUCGUCCUGGCUGGGCGGGAGAUGACCCGCCUGUCAGGGUUCACCGCUCGCAUCACGGAGCUGAUGACCGUCCUAAAGGAGCUGAAUGCUGGCAAAUAUGAACGCACCAUGGUGUCCCAGCAUGAGAGGGAAGCAGAGAGUCCAGAGAAAAGCCUGCUGGUUCCUGGAAGUGGACAGGUUAUCAACAGAGACAACAUCAUCAAGUUUGACCACACUCCACUGGCCACGCCCAAUGGUGACCUGCUGAUCAGAGACCUCUCCUUGGAGGUGAGGUCCGGAACCAAUGUUCUGGUUUGUGGACCCAACGGCUGCGGAAAGAGCUCCUUGUUCCGAGUGCUUGGAGAGCUGUGGCCGCUGUUUGGUGGGAGCCUGACCAAACCAGAGAGAGGAAAGCUCUUCUACGUUCCUCAGAGGCCGUACAUGACUCUGGGCUCUCUGAGGGAUCAGGUCAUCUAUCCAGACACUGUUGAAGAGCAGAGGAGGAAAGGCAUCUCUGACCAGGUAUUGAAGGAGUAUCUGGACAAUGUCCAGCUGGGCCACAUUCUGGACAGGGAGGGCAGCUGGGACGUGGUCCAGGACUGGAUGGACGUCCUCAGUGGAGGGGAGAAGCAGAGGAUGGCUAUGGCCAGGCUGUUCUACCAUAAGCCCCAGUUUGCCAUUCUGGACGAGUGCACCAGCGCAGUGAGUGUGGACGUGGAGGACUACAUCUACAGCCACUGCAGAAAGGUUGGCAUCACGUUAUUCACGGUGUCCCACAGAAAGUCCCUGUGGAAGCACCAUGAGUUCUAUCUCCACAUGGACGGCAGAGGAAACUACGAGUUCAAGCGCAUCACAGAGGAAACCGUAGAGUUUGGCUCCUAGAAUCGUUCUCUUAGAAGCAGUCUAUUAACUAAGUUCUGAGGCAAAUCGCAGCUGAUACUAGAAAAUAAUUUGUAAUUAUUUGUAAAAUGUUUUUUGCUAUUUAACAUGUUAAUUUAGUUUGGGUUAAUCUAUGUGAUCUAGUUCUGUUUUCCCCUUGCGUGCCAGUUUGACCCAAGAGAUGACCAAAUAUGUGUCCUGCAGGUCCAGCAGGAUGGAGUGGACCUCCAGGUACGGUCUGUCCUGCCGGUCGGUUUGUCCUGCAGGUCCAGCAG